CAUUCGCUGAGGCGGCCGCUCUCUAGACAAGAGUUUCCCUUCAUCGCUGCCCGAGAUCUUCAGCAGCUCGGGUCAGGCUUGCGAGCGUCAGGCAGCCGCGCGCCAUUUCCACCAAGCGCCAUGGCAGCGGCCGGAGGGCCGGUAGUGGCCGAACGCUGCCCUCUCCUCGGCCUCUUUUCCCUUCUGUUGAUCUCGGGUUCUGCCCUGGGCUGGAACGACGCUGACAGAAUAUUGUUGCGGGAUAUCAAAGCUCUUACCCUCCAUUAUGACCGCUAUACCACCUCCCGCAGACUGGAUCCGAUCCCACAGUUGAAAUGUGUUGGAGGCACAGCUGGAUGUGAUUCUUAUACCCCCAAAGUCAUACAGUGUCAGAACAAAGGCUGGGAUGGUUAUGAUGUACAGUGGGAAUGUAAGACUGACUUAGAUAUUGCAUACAGAUUUGGAAAAACUGUGGUGAGCUGUGAAGGCUAUGAAUCCUCUGAAGACCCGUAUGUACUAAGAGGGUCCUGUGGCUUGGAGUAUGAUUUAGAUUACACAGAAGCUGGCCUGAAGAAGUUGAGAGAGUCUGGAAAAAACCGUGGCUUUAACUCUUUCUCUAAUUAUCAUAAUAAGUUGUACUCCCCAGAUUCCUGUGGUGUUAGUGGAUUGAUUACCAUUGUGGUGCUACUUGCUAUUGCCUUUGGAGUUUAUAAGCUGUUUCUUAGUGAUGGACAAGAUUCUCCUCCACCAUAUUCUGAGUAUCCUCCAUAUUCCCAGCAAUACCAGAGAUCCACAAACUCAGCAGGACCCCCUCCCCCGGGCUUUAAGUCUCAGUUCACAGGAGCACAGAGUACUGGCGAUGGUGGGACCUAUGGUUUUGGCAGUGCUUUCAAAGGACAGCAAGGAUACGGAAAUUCAGGACCAGGCUUCUGGACUGGAUUGGGAACUGGAGGACUAUUAGGAUAUUUGUUUGGCAGCAAUAGAGCGGCAGCACCCUCCUCAGACUCGUGGUACUACCCGUCUCAUCCUCCAUCGUACUCCAGCACGUGGAAUGGUCCUGCUUACUCACCACGUCGUGGAGGCGCAGGGAGCUAUUCAGCAGAUUCAAGCUCAGAUACAGGAACCAGGACAGCAUCGGGAUUUGGUGGUACCAGAAGACGAUAAGAUAGUACAGAGUUGAAGGCAGACAUUGGAUGCAAACUUUCUGAUAUUUCAUCACUUUCUCUUUCUCAAAAAAAAAAGCGCUACCUGCUAACACCUGG